AAGUGAACUUUCUAUAGAAAUGUUUAAUUUGACAGUACACAAAAUUUAAUUCAAAAUUACAUUCUUCUUAAAGUCCCAUUGUAAAUAUUACGAGAUGUAGAUAGUUGACCAUUGUCGUCAUUGAAUAAUUAAAUUUGCGUUUAAGAAACGUUUAAGCUAAUCAAAUUCAUAAAGUGGCAAUUAAGAUGCGAAAGACCUGGAAGAAGCCACUUCAUAAGCGCAAAAUUUGGACGGAAAUAUCAUGGACGGGUCGCUUUGUCUAUUAUAUGCAACCUCUGGUGGAACACUUGUUUGAUAUUUGGUUGCAGCAAUUGCCCUUUCCAACGAUCCUCAAAGGUCUUUAUACGUGCGGUCUGCUCUUCUUCCUAUUGCUACCGAUUCUCUAUCCGUUGACGGUGCUGGGAUUCUACUAUGCCAUUUUCCAGUAUGUGGGUGAAAGGCAUUGGGAUGCUGUGUUCCCCCAGAAAUGGGAUUUAAUCGGUGCAGCAUCAGUUUUGUGGAACUUUGAGAUAACAAACAAGUCGUAUCUGCUCUUUUUAAAUAUGUACCUAGAUCGAUGUCGUGUUAUAAUAACGGCAAUAUCCUCCACCGUCGACUAUUUUCGAAUGGCAUAUUGCUUGCUAACGAACUGAGUAAAGGGAGAACUGAGAAUGAGAUAACGAGAUAUCUUUAGCAGAAGAAAAUUCCUUAUUUCUAUGUAUUUUGGAUAUAAUUGAGUGAAAUAUUAUUUUAAUCAAUGUGACAGUAAGAAAA